CAAAGACGCAGUGUUAAAGGUUCGAUGGGUAUAAGAAGCGUAGGAUCUUGCUCGCGCGUUCAUACAUAGUUUAAAGCCUUCUUGGAGCAAGGACACAGCCCCUAGCCAUUUUCAAACCGACACGCUCGCGGGAAAGUUUUGCAGCGGUUCUUUUUUAAAAUUGCGAUUUUUGGAAAAACAAUUUUUAUUUUUUUAUUUUUGGUGCCAGUGAUUGUGACGUGAUUUAUUAAGAUACAAAUCCUGGGCUAAUAAUGACGCAGUAGAUGUAACGACGAUAUUGCGAUGAAAAUGAAGAUUCCCGUAAGAAGAUCUUGUCUAACGCUAAUAUUCUUGUCAGCGUUCGUAGAAGCGAUAAGAGCAAACGAAAACGAAAAUUCAACUGCGGAGAAUCGACAAGGUCGGGUCAGUGGACGAAUCAUUAAACUUUAUUCGGGAUAUAAACCUGACCCGGUUUUAUGCCUCGAAGAAGGUUUUAAAGAAGAUCCUGUUCAGUGUUCUGUAUUUUAUAGAUGCGUGAAAUCGUCUAGUGGAAAAUUUACAGUCUUUAAAUUUCAAUGUGGACCAGGAACUGUUUAUGACCCCGAAACCGAAGUAUGUAAUCACCCUAGUAGUACAAAGCGAUCUGAGUGUGGUGGUUUAAAACUGCAAGCAGAGCAAAACAAUGACAAUGAAAUCAACGACAUUGAACUCAAUGAACUGCCUUCACCUAUCAGUACAAUUCUACCAGUAUAUACAAGUCAUGUAAAUAAUAUUACAUCUUUUAAAGUGCCAAUUAACUCUACACCUGUUAGUUCGGGUGUAUUUAUACCGUCAAUGGAAAAUGGGUAUUUAAAUUCACUCACGACUUCAUCAACUCCAUACAAAAUAGAAACGGUGACAAAAGAAGUUCCAGAUAUCAAUUAUAAUUUAGGGCCUAAUCCUUGGACAAACCAUAAAAAUACAACUCAAGAGAAAAUUGUAACAUCUACCACAAUAUUCCCAGUUUUAGAAAAAAAACAGCCUUGUACUUCAGACGGUUUUAUGGGAGACAGUGAAAACUGUAAGAAAUUUUAUCGAUGUGUCAGUAAUUCUCGUGGUGGAUUUAUACGUUAUGCAUUCAUGUGCAGUGAGCCUACAGUUUGGGAUGACCACAUGCAAAGUUGUAACCAUCCAUGGGCCGUGCGAAGUAGUCGGUGUAGUCGCAGUGGCUCAAAUAAUGAAAACUUCACAGACAAACCACCAACACAGACAAGUGUACAUUAUGGUGAUAGACUCUCUGAAUACGCAGAUCGAAACAUUAUUGAUGAUAGUAAUAAAAAAGAACAUCCUUUAAAUUAUGGAGAUAGAUUAAACAAUAAAGAUGAAAGUGAUUUAGAAAGAGAUCGAGUUAUUUAUGGAUCUAAUUUAAAUCAGCCUACAACACCUAGUAAAGAUAAAAAUUUGGAAACCACAGUUCGUAUAGAACACUUAGAAGACUUAAAUAGUAAUAACUAUAAUUUAAUUCAGACGACAACUGCUCAAUCUAUUUAUUCAACAAAUAGGUUAGACCCAGACAUAGGUGAUGAGAAUGGUGUUUUGCAAUCGACUGUUAGUAAAAAAGCUUUUAACUGUGAGCACAGUGGUUUCAUGGGUGAUUUACAAAAUUGUAAAAAGUUUUAUAGAUGUGUCGAUAAUGGCAGAGGAAGCUUUACAAAGUACGAAUUUACCUGUAGUCAGGGUACAGUUUGGGAUAGUAAAAUAGAGGCGUGUAACUAUGCUUGGGCUGUGAAAGAAUGUGGUGAUAAAUCAUUAAUUCAAUCGUCAUCAGUGACCGCUGAUACCCUAAUAUCAACUAGUACUAGUGCUAAUACCGUUUCUAGUGGAAGCGAUAACCUUGAAUAUGGAUAUACAAAUCAGAUAAAUGAACAACACGAACCUUCUUCUACUGUUACAGUUAGCCCACCAGUAUCAUUAAUCUCAACUACUGUGGGUUCUAAUCAAAUAGGAUCAGAAACAGACUGUACAGUAGCCGGUUUCAAUGGAGAUAAAAAUGAUUGUAAGAAAUUUUAUAGAUGUGUAGACAACGGAAAAGGUGCUUUUACUAAAUUCGAGUACAAAUGUGGUGAUGGAACUUUAUGGGAUCAAAAUAUUGAAGCGUGUAAUCAUGCUUGGGCUGUUAAAUCUUGCAACACAGAUUUAUCUAACACUAAUAUUCAUACAAUGAAUACAACUACUACUCUUUCCACAGCUUCUUUAAUUGAGUCUACAACUCCAGAAAAAUUACAAGAUAGUAAUAUCUACAAUGAAGCAUAUGGACCCGAAAAAGGUGAAACAACGACAAAUCCUGGAAAAGAUUCAUCAACAACGAAAGCACCUAGCCAAAAAAACGAUUGUGAAUCUUCAGGAUUUAUGGGUGAUACCAAUGAUUGUAAAAAGUUCUAUAGGUGUGUUGAUAAUGGUCAAAGAGGCUUUAUUAAAUAUGAAUUCUCUUGUGGUGACGGUACUGUUUGGGAUCCUGAACUCGAAGCCUGUAAUCACGCUUGGACAGUGAAGCACUGUGGAACCAGUAUGCCCAUAAAAGGUGAAACUACUUCAAGUUCUGUACCCACUUCAUAUCCUUCUACAAUCAUAAAUGAUUUCGGACUAACUACGUCGGCUUCAGUUAUACAAACUACGACAACUCAAAAAGAAAUUAGUGAAUAUGAUUCUGGCUACGGUCAACAACAUAGUAUGUCCACAAUGAAACCUGAUUUGGAAACGUCGACAUCAAAACAAACUCAUAGUCAAACAAAUCAUUGUACAACAUCUGGAUUUAUUGGUGAUGUAAAUGACUGCAAUAAGUUCUACAGAUGCGUAGACAAUGGAAACGGUGGAUUUAUACGACAUGAGUUUUCAUGUGGAGAAGGCACGGUUUGGGACCCCGAAAUAGAAGCUUGCAACCACGCAUGGGCUGUAAAAAAUUGUGGAGGUAGUACGCCUUCUAAAGAAAAUAUUUUAACAAGCUCUUCCACUCAUUUGAAUGUCGUAGAAACAAAUAGUGAUUACUCUACACAAAAUUACAUAGAUAACGAAAAUACUACGCCAUACAAUAAUUACCAAACUACGAUAACACCUAAUGGAAAUGAUAAUAAUGAAUGUUUAACAAGUGGAUUUAUGGCUGAUAAAAACGACUGUAAAAAGUUUUAUAGAUGUGUUGAUAGUGGAAAUGGUACAUAUAUUAAAUAUGUAUUUUCAUGUGGUGAAGGAACUUUAUGGGAUCCCCUUAUAAAUGCAUGUAAUCACGAUUGGGCUGUCAAAGACUGUAAAAGUUCUGAAGAUCAUAUCACAAACGUAUCUGUUAAACCUACUUCCGUGCCUGGUAGCAAUGAAGUUGUUGAAAGUCAUGAAGAUGUUAAUAAUAAUGAGGAAACUACAAAGACGCCUAGUACUACAGCUGUGUUAGUAACUGUUACACAUAGUGAUAACAAGUGUGAAUCAAGCGGAUUUAUGAGUGACAAGAACGAUUGUCGGAAAUUUUAUAGAUGUGUCGAUAACGGCGACGGUGGUUUUAUAAAACAUGAAUUUAAGUGUGGCGAUGGAACUGUAUGGGACACUAAAAUUGAAGCAUGUAACCAUAAAUGGGCCGUUGAAAAAUGUGGAGGAUCAUCUAAUGAAAUUGUUGAAACUACAACCACUACUAAGGCCACUAUAAGUACAACACUUUCUGAUACUUCUUCUUCAUCAUCUACUCUUUCUGCAACAUCAACAUCAACGCAACCAAUUAAUGAUGAACAAGCUGAUGAUUCACAUACUACAAAAACGACGACAUUAGCGUCUACGAGUACAAGUAAUAAUCCUAAGCCAGUGGGUACGAAUGUUUGCAAAGAAGAGGGGUACUUCGGUGAUUCUAAUGAUUGUAAAAAGUUUUACAGAUGCGUCUAUGAAAGUAAUGGAAAAUAUACUAAAUAUGAUUUUACUUGUGGAGAUGGUACAAUUUGGGAUCAAGACAUAACUACCUGUAAUCAUCCGUAUGAUGUUAAAAACCCUUCGUGCAAAUCUAAGCCUGAAAACAGUUCACCAGUAACUACUGUUUCAACGUCAACUGACAGCAAUGAAACACCUUCUUUGAGCAGUAAUUCAAAUGAGCCUGCAUCUACAAAUGGUGAAGAAAUUCCCAAUAAUAACGAAACGAAUUCAAACUAUAAUAACAGUACAACUGAAAAUCCAAAUACAAACAAUUAUACCUGCACUAAAGCUGGAUUUUACCCUGAUCCCAACAAUUGCAAAAAGUUUUAUAGAUGCGUUGAUUGGGAAAACAAUGGCAAAAAGUUUUCAAUAUAUCACUUUGACUGUGCUGACGGCACAAUAUGGGAUCCUGCUUUAGAAACCUGCAACCACGAAGAUUCUGUUUAUCCUCCACGUAACUGUCAAAGUUCACAACAGCAAAGUGAGCAAACAACUACUACUACUUCCAAACCUUCUAAAACAACAACAGAAUAUACAACCACUUCAGAAAAUACAUCAACUCAAUCUACAACACCAUCGUCAACAACGGGAGAAUCAACUACUCAGUCUUCAACAACCGAAGAAUCAACAACACAGUCAUCAACAACCCAAGAAUCAACAACCCAAGAAUCAACAACACAAUCAUCAACAACACAAUCAUCAACAACACAAUCAUCAACAACACAAGAAUCAACAACUCAAGAAUCGGCAACACAGUCAUCAACAACACAAGAAUCUACAACUCAAGAAUCGACAACACAGUCAUCAACAACACAGUCAUCAACAACCCAAGAAUCAACAACUCAAGAAUCGACAACACAGUCAUCGACAACACAAGAAUCAACAACUCAAGAAUCAACAACACAGUCAUCAACAACACAAGAAUCAACAACACAAUCGUCAACUACUGAAGAGUCGACAUCACAAUCAUCAACUACUGAUGAACCAACAACACAAUCAACAACAACUAAAGAACCACCUAAAGAGUCAACAACUCAACAAACUACAGUUGGAACAUCAACGACUACUGAUCAAUCUACACAAAGUACUUCGCAAUCCACUAAUGAAGAUACAACAACAGUGGAAUCGAGUACUACUACAACACAAAUGACAACAUCUGCACCCGAACAAACAUCAACUACCACUGAGCAAUCUACAUCAACAACGGAAACUAGUUCGGAAUCAAGUACAGAGACAUCUCCUGAUAAAAAGUGUCCUGACACAGCCGAUGAUCAAUCAUUAUACGUUUGUCCUACUUCAUUCAAAAGACAUCCUAAGUAUUGUAAUUUAUUCUACCAAUGCACUGAGGAUAAUGAAAGUCAUGAACUGAAAAUAGCAGUAUUUACCUGUCCAAACAAUACUAUAUACGAUGAAGGUAAAAUCCAGUGCGUAGAAGAAAAGAAAAGCAGUAAAAAAUGUAAUGGACAAAUAUCACAAAGGCACAGAGUAAAACGUUUGGGUGCUGCUUAUAAUGAUCCGUUUGUGGUCACCAAAGAAAGUAUGGCAUGUCGCAGUACUGGGCAUUUUCCUUUUGAGAAACAUACGGAGUGCUCGCCGUCCUUACUUAAAUGUGAAUUAUCGAAGUCUGGAAAAUUGCGCGGUUUUGUCUAUAGAUGUCCGGAAGGUUUUGUUUAUUGGAACAUUAGUAGAAGAUGUGAACCAUUACCAAAAGUUAGAGACUGUAAGCGUUCAUCUUAUAAAUGGAAUACAAGAUAUGAUGUACCACUGGAAAGAUAUAAUAUUGCAUUGAAAUAAAAAAGGAAAUAGCUUAUAGGUACAUAAUACGCACAGAAAAAUAAUUCAUAAGUCUUCUGGAGACCCAGAUUGAAGGUUAAUCGGAGUUUGUGUAUUAUUUGGUGUAGUAUAACUGAUACCAUACAAAGACUAAGCAAAGAAAUCUCCGUACUGCCCUUAACUAUUGUCGGGCUCUAUUCCUGUGUGAUGCAAUAUAAAAUACUUGAUUAGGUAGUUUAGAAUAAACUAGUAAUGUAAUGUACCAACUUUUAUAAGCUCAGUGUUGAUUUAAUAAUAAUUCUAGUCCGCUAUCUAUCAUAACAUCUUGAUUGAUUUUAUAUUAUAUAAAAGUGCUGCCAUUUAUUUUUGUUAAGGUAACAAUAAUAAUUUGUCAUUUGUGAACAAAAUAGUGUAUAAUGUCAUUAUUUUGAUCACGACUGAUUAAAAUUUAGAAUAAGUUCAAAAAUAAAGUAAUUUAUUAUAAA